GAUACACUGUCGAAGCGAUAUCUUGGCGGAUGGCAGGUGUGUGUGUGGAGAGAUUUCGAGAUACCAUUGCAUUGGGCGUAUCGGAUGUCGUGUAUUUGGGGCGUGUCACCAUUUGCUUCACCGAAUGUACCCAAGCGGAUCCUCCCACCUAAAAACACACGUAUACGUCCCUGAAUCCCGCUCCGCGGACCUGAAGACGAUCUAUAUUUCGAUGUCACCCAAGACUUUUGACUCCACUGAUGUUCCUUUCGACGUCAGGUGUGGCGAUGCUCUCGUGCACCACGAUUUUCACCGCAGUUACCGCAGUGUGCGUGCAUUCAGCCUCCUCAUCAUAGCCCAAGACUUGAUCGACUCUUCGUAUAUCGCCAUCCUAGUAAUCUUGCCUUUGCCAAAAUGAGUUCAAUCUGCAUUGUGGACACUGUGGAAGCCGUCCUUGAUUC